CAUACGUAUAUCUUCUCGAAAACAACAACUCCAUCUUUCUUGGGUACCUUAAAAUGUAUCCAACAUUUUGAUUAGAUAAAGUCGUGAUGCUUCGUCAAUAUGUCAAAUUGAAGAACAAUCAAUUUCUUCUAUCUCGUAUGUACCCAUGUAACUCUUAUAAGUUACGUUACUACAGCAGAGAAGCCAGAAACUCGGCGAGAAUAGCAAGGGUGUCUAAUCCGUAUUUGUUGCCUAAUACAACUUCAUCGUUCGAGCCAAGCUACUGCGCCGUCAUGUUCAUCCACAAGUUGCGCUCUCUUAUCUAUCCGUUCGUGUAAGGCAUGACAUAGUACUGAACUAAACGCGGGGGAAAUAUAAUAUAUGAGAAUUCUACUCAUAAUAGACGUCUAUCAGUAACAGCAUCACCAAUGGCGUCCCCAUCAUCCGUUACAACAUCGAUUCCUACCGGCUCUAUCUCACAAUGGUGCCUAUACCCCGGAAACUCCCGCGCACACUUAUUUGGUCCCAGCUGCCCCCAACCCUAUGAAAAAGGCACUUCCAUUUCUCCCGCCGACUUCCAGAGUAUAUGCUGCAACGGCGUCAUCGUCGAUACUUCCUUCGACAUUUAUAGUAACUCAUCGAUCAUCGGCCCCUACUACAACUCACAUGACGACCCGCCGCGCCCCGUUAACUUGAACGACCUGGUUUGCUGCGGCAUCACUGGCGUUCAGACUGCUGCUAUAGAUUUUACGCCUAGCCCUAGGACUGCUUGCGCCCCGGGCACCACUGGCACGCCGCUGGCCAGCUUAGCCGCGACAAAUGCCACUCGAGCUUCGCAGUAUCCCGUCACAUAUGCGGAUAGCACUCCUCCGUCGAGCAGUGUUAAUCCAUCGGCUACCGUGACGAACGAUAUCUGGGGCUGGGCGAGCCCGACGUACGGCGCGUCGGGGUGGCCUAUAUGCUUUGUGGCCAACACGAAGGCAAGUGGUGUUAGCGUGGCUGAAGUAACAGUACCGGCAACAUAUGUUCCCCCGACUACUUCGGCUACAGGCUCGGACUCGGCUGCAGAGCCCACCUCGUCGCCUUCGGGCGCUGGAUCUUGGGCUCAGCCGAAGACUCGCCUAUGCCUUACACUGGGGCUUGUGACUAUUGCCUUGCUUAUAAUAUAGGAAUUGGCUUGACUAGGUUUUUAUUUAUAUAUGAUUGGAUGAGUUGGAAAUGAUGAGCACGAUGCUUGGAAUAUUUAGCGUAUACUAUAUCUGAAUAGAAAUGUACAAAUGUUAAUUAUUAUGAUACGUUUUAUGAACGAUGGGAGUGUGGAGUGAUAGUUUCGUCACAAAUAAGGCAUAGUUAAUGCAAUUUACAAUUCGCUAUCGGUAUUACGCA